AUUAUGACUGACUGCCUUCGAAGACGAAACUAUCGAUUCCAGAGAGCAAGGGGGCGGAACUCCGGGGGUGGGAAGAGAGCGGGUGAUGGCAUCGAGCUUGCAGAAGAUCGAAGGGGAUGAUUCAGUUUUGUUGCGCGUCACCCAUUCAAAUAUCAAGACUUUCUCCUCCGACAUUCGAUUCUCGCAGCAGAUGUCUGUCGAAUCAGUAAAAGAGAAGCUCUGGAAAAAAUGCGGCACGUCAGUGAACUCGAUGCACCUCGAGCUCUAUGACGACACAAACUACAAAAUUUCCGAUCUCGCCGACAAUUCCAGACCCCUGGGUUUCUACUCGCCUCUGAAUGGGUUUCGUUUGCAUGUUAUAGAUCUUGAUCCAUCAUCUGUCACGUCUGGUGGUUGGCUGGAAGAUACUUCAUUGGUGGAGAAAUACACGAUUUCUGAAGAAGCUUAUAAUAAGCGUCAAGGAACUUUUAGAAAAUUCAAAGAGAAAUUGUCUUCCCAAAAUCAAUCAGCUGUUGCAGCAAAGGUGCCAGACACCUCUGUGGAAGGCCUAUGUUCAAACAUUAAGGUAGGUUCCAGAUGUGAAGUUGAACCUGGGGAGAAAAGGGGUGUAGUAAAAUUUGUUGGCCAGGCAGACGCAUUGGGUCCUGGUUUGUGGGUUGGAGUACAGUACGAUGAACCCUUGGGCAAGCAUGAUGGCAUGGUGAAGGGAGUACGCUACUUCGAAUGCCCUCCAUCUCAUGGUGCAAUGGUUAGAUCAGAGAAAGUAAAGGUUGGUGACUACCCAGAACGAGAUCCGUUUGAGGAGGACGAAAUAUGAACGUGAGCUGGAACUUGGAAGCAUUGCUUUUUCCAUGUAGGCCUCAAGUUAAACACUAUGUUUUCUUUCCUUUUCUUUUUCUUGAGCGGCUAAACAUUGCUGUUGGAAAUCACCUUUCUGACGUUUCUGGGUAGCUCGUGUGAGGAUUUUUUAUUUUUUAUUUUUUUAAGCUCCAUAGCUAUGCACAUGUAGUUUGAAGAUACUUCCUUCACUCACCUACUCAUAUAAGUAAAGAUAACUCUUACAAGGUUCAA